AUGGGCAGCGGAGCGUCUGUGAGUGAAGUGUCCCAACCAGAGAGGCUGGAGGCCGGUGUAGAGCCUGAGCCUGACCCUCCCCGAGCCUCCACACCGGCGGGACAGAGCGACGACACCGUGCAGGCAGAUGAAGAAGUGGUGAAACCUGACAGCCACACGGUGGACAUCCAGUCAUUAAAGAGUGAAGAGAUCGAUACUCAAAGGGAAGAAGAAGAAGUAACAACACAAACUGUCGUGAAUACAGCAGUGAAUGAAACAGUGGAGGAAGGUGAAGAAUUGUCUCUGGAUUUUGAGAGUUUCCUUCACAACAACGGGACUCUCUACAGCUGCUUCAACCAUCACGGAAACAGAGUUUAUGUUGAUGAGUCGCAGAGCUCCGGUCAGCCGCAGACUGUGGCCAACAGCCAGCCGGCGGUCAGGGAGGACGACCGCAUCGGCAGCAUCUACAUCCAAGGCAGAGGGACCGUCAUCACCUACAUGUUUGAGGAGAGGGUGAAUAUCUGCAGGUUCUGGGAUCUUCAGGCGGGCGUCUGGCUGCUGCUGCCGCUGCAGUGGGAGAUGAACGUCGAGUUCGUUCAAGCCCGAGUCCAACGAGUCAUGUCUUCUCUGCCAGGCCUGGUGGACCAGAAGGAGAUCACCGCAGCGCUCCGACAGUGUAACUACGACCCUGAAGAGGUCGUCUCCAUCUACCUCGCCAUGUUUGGAGAAAUCCUGCUGCAGGCUCCUCCCGGUGCAGAUCACAACUACGCUGACCUCAACUCCUUCAGAGCUCUCCUGGAGAGGGAUCGGGUGAUUGAGGAUCUGAGGCAGAAGCUCCAGACCAAAGAGAAGGAGGUGGACAGUCUCUUCCAGAAGAACAGCUACCUGACGAGAGAGGUCCGCUACCUGAACGAGGUCGUCCAGCACCUGAACCAGAAGCUGGCUGAGCUGGAGGCCGACAAGCAGGAGGCACGGGAGAAGAUCCGAUCCCUCCUGAGCCGCCGAGCCCCUGCUGUCCCGCCUGCCAAAACCAUCAUCAAACCCACCGUGGAUCCCGACCAACUCCGCCAGGUUAGCCUUCUGACCCGCGAGCUGAACGUCUCCAACAAGCAGCUCCGGUCGACGGUUCGCCAGGCGCUGACGGACAUGCAGAACCAGCUGGAGCAGCUGAAGGGCAGUGUGGGGGAAGUGGCCCAGGUGGAGCAGGAGGCGGCUGGGGAAGUGCAGGAGCUUCGAUCCCUCUACAGGAAGGAAGCAGUGGAGAGGAAGAGUCUGUACAACAAGCUGCUGGAGCUGCAGGGGAACAUCCGCGUGUUCUGCCGCUGCAGGAAGAGCUCAGCAUCCAACUCCUGCCUGGAGAACACGGACGACCAGGAAGUGGUGGUCGUCCAGAAGGGAAACAGGAAGAAGUUCCAGUUUGAUAAGGUCUACGCUCCCAGUAGCACGCAGGAGGAGGUGUUCACAGGAACUCUGCCGGUCAUUACUUCCUGUGUGGACGGAUAUAACGUCUGUAUUCUGGCCUACGGACAAACUGGCUCCGGGAAGACGUUCACCAUGAUGGGCCCCAAGGAAAACCCCGGAGUCAACAUCAGGUCUAUACGAGAGCUGCUCCGUAUUUGUGCAGAAAAAGAGAAGGUGUCCUACUCUCUGAAGAUUUCCAUGUUGGAGAUUUAUAACGACAGUCUGAACGACCUGUUGGCUAAAAGCUCCGGUGCCACGCUGGAAAUCCGAGUCCAGGGGAAGUCGGUAUCCGUCCCUGGACUGACCCAGGUCCAAGUCCAAACCGAGGCCGACAUCCUCAACGUCAUGGAAACGGGUGAAAAGAACAGAAAGAUCGCCUCGACCAAGAUGAACAUACAGAGUUCCCGCUCUCACCUGGUAGUGGCGCUGGAGGUGGAGGGUUCGGACGAGGUGUCGGGACUGAUGUCCAGAGGUACGCUGACCAUGUGUGACCUCGCUGGAUCUGAGAGGAUCUCUAAAACCGAAGCGGAGGGUCAGAGGCUGGUGGAGGCGGCCGCCAUCAACAAGUCACUGACAGCGUUGGGACAGGUGUUCAGUGCUCUGAAGUGUAACGCUCUUCACAUCCCGUUCAGAAACUCUAAACUCACCCACCUGCUGCAGCCCUGCCUCAGCGGAGAUGCAAAGUGCUGCGUGUUUGUGAACGUGAGUCCGGACGCGAAGGACGCAGCGGAGACUCUGAGCACGCUGCAGUUCGGCUCCACCAUACGACAGGUUUCACUCGGCAAAGCCACGCAGAACAUCGUACCGAAUAAAAACAACAAGACCAGUCAAGUCAAGUAGACGACGACACA